UUGAAAAGAAACAGAAGCUUGGUGAUCAAUUGUUUCCCUGUGUAAAGGCUACAGGUGUUCGCCAGGCUCCAAAGAUCACCAUUCGUCUCUUGGACACCAUCCCACUGGUCGAACUUGCUUAUUGUAUGUUUGAUCCUCCUGCUUUGAAGAAGAAGGUUGACAGGGCAGCCAUUUCCCUUGAGCAGUCAAUACAUUCCACUUAACACAUAUAUACAUAUAUAUAUAUAUCUUUUCCUUUAUAUUCUCCAAUUCAAUUCAAUUCAAUUCAAUUCCAUCCAUAUUCAUACUUACCCCCUCCAACACACACACCACUUCUCCCCCACUCACCCCUUCCCUUCUUCCUAUUCCACUUUACUCCACACCACUUCCCCUUCUAUCCUGUUUCUCUCUCUCUCUUUAUAUAUAUAUAUAUAUAUAUAUCUAUUAUUAUUUCUUUUAUCGCAAUAUUCUUUGUGCCUAUCUUGCUGCCAACCUCUCCUCCUCAAUUUUGUGCUUCUUAUUCUUCCUCUUAUUAAUAAAUUUUCCUUAAAUUUUC